AUGCCGGAGUCGCCGCAGCAGCAGACUCCCCCGCAUCUCUCUAGCGGCGGAGACCCCAACGGCGCUGAGGCGCCGCGUGCUGCAGCUGCUGGUGACGCUGCAGCAGCAGCAGCAGCAGCAGAGGCUGGCGACUCCCAGGCGCCAGCCAGCAGCACUGCUGCUGCAGAUGGAGCUGCCGGGGAGCCAUCUGCUGCUGCUUUUGCUGCAGCAGCAAAAGCAGAGACUGCAGCGGAGGCAGCGACGGAAGCAGCAGCAGCAGCAUCCGCAGCAGCAGCAGCAGCCGGAGCAUCCGCAGCAGCAGCAGCAAACGCAUCUUCUUCCGUUGCUGCUGCAGCAAGUCUGAAGGAGACUCGUUUUGCUGCAGGGGAGCCCCCAGGCCGCCAGAAGCAGCAGCAGCAGCGGAGCAGUCUGUCGCGGGACAAAGCAGCAGCAGCAGCAGCAGCAGCAGCACCUGCAACAGCAACAGCAGCAGCACCAAAGGGACAGGGCCUGUGGCACCAAGUGCUGAAGGAAGCAAGAGACAAAAGCCAACAAACAGCAGCAGGCUGCAUCAUUGUCUUGGGGUGCGAGGACGUGGGGAAGACAACGCUGCUGCAGCAGCUGCAGCAAACGGGGGCUGUGUCUCCGUUGGCAGCAGCAGAACUGCACGAAGACACGGGAGGUGUCUCCUCUUUGGAUUAUGCCUAUCUCCAAAUCAAGUGUCUCUUCACAGACCAAGACGACGCAGCAGAAGCAACAGGAGCAGCCCACGUCUACGUCCUCCAGCACCCCGACGCCUGGGAGGCGCUGUGCGAGCGCGUGUCUCCUUCGUGGUUUGCGCACUUGGCCAUUUUGAUUUGCGUGGAUUUGCUGCGGCCUUCUUACGGGCUGAAGUGUCUCCUUUUGUGGCUGCGUGCUGCUGACAAGAUUGCGCAGCACUUGCUGCAGCAGCAGACCCCGCAGCAGCAGCAGCAGAUCCUCGACAAAACAGCAGCUUAUUUGUCGAGCUACAAAUCGCACUGUCUCCACAGUCUCCUUUCGAGGGCCCCCACGGAAAGACUUUCUGUCUCUGGCGAG